ACUGUCUUUUAAUUUAAAAAGAAAAUAUAAUAUAUAACAAGCUUAUACCUAUACAAAAAUAGUAGGUAAUGGUGAAAUUGAAGUAUUAUACAAAAAAAUUGAAAAAAAUGUGUACCUAGGCGCGGUACCUACUUACAAAAAAAUAUGUAAAUAAAAUAAACACGCAAAUUAUGGGCACACUAAAUAUAAUUGUUCUCAAAUUAAUUAAUUGAGAGCGAAUGUUUAACCGCUUUUCUUUCAUGAUUGCGGAAAAGCCUCCGACUUGACCAAAAUUAUUUAAACAAUAUCAUUUUUUACUUUCCCCAACUUACAUAACGAAAAGAUUCAACUCAAACAAUACGUUCUCGAAAAAACUUGAAGCGAUUUUCUUGUGAUUUCUACAGUAAAUGUAUAAAACAAGACAGUUUGUUCAGGACAUGAAGCAUAAACAAUAGCGUUUGACUAACAACAAUAGAAUGACACUCUAUAACAAACGAGAUUUCUAUAACGAAAUUAUAUAAAUAAAUAAAUAAAAUAUGUGCUUGCAUUCUUGCACCAGCUCUUUCGGCGCAAAGAUGACUUGUAAACUCAUUGCAGUGAUUUUAUGUUCGGCUGUUUUCCUAAAAGCGUCAACAGCUGCCGUUGAAACCGAAAAUGAUAUCGCAAGAGGUCUGGACGCUAAAGGGCUCCUGAACUCAAUCGCCGGCAAUUUGAUGUCGCGUGGUUACGGCGCCACGGCGCCCGGUGGUUCCCAGGUGGUUUCUCUGAAUUUGACAAACUUGCUCGUUUUGGUGCUUCUCAAGGCCUUGAUUUUCGCAGCUGGGUCUUUGGGCACGGGCACUUGGAAGGGCGGCUUAGGCCGAAGCAGCGAAGGCGAAGAGCAAAUCCUCACCGAAGACGAAGUUCUACUUUUCUUGAGUUACUUAACCGGUUCGCCCGGUGAUAACGGAUGUCUGCAAAACGUAGCAUGUCAACAACCUCAACAAGCGAAGAAAUACGUCUCUGCCGGUGAUAUGCUCCUUAAAGCCACCAAGAUGCUGGCGCUUGAUCCUGACAGGAGCUAUGAGUACGUCCUGAAGGAGGUGGAGCAAGCCGCUGAUGUGGGGCUGGCAGGGGGCGAUUGCGCCAGAUUUAGGUGCGGUUUGAACGAGAAACAAUGAGUUUUGCGAAGAUGUGUAGUUUUUUG